GAGAGAGAGAGAGAGAGAGAGAGAGAGAGAGAAGGCGUACCCGGCACCGAGCGGCAAUGGAGUUAGAAGGUGAGGGACAAUGGGCUCUCUUUCUUGGAUUGUGCUCGUGAUUUCGGCCGGUCUGGUCGGGUCGGGUCGUCGUGGGUCCUCGAGUGAUUUUGUUGGGUAAUCUGGUUCGAGUUCGGCGGGAGUGCACUGCGGGCGUUGGUUCUUGUCUCCGGGGAGUUUAGGGCGUCCCCGAUGCGAAUCUGAGUUGUUUCGCUUGUGCAAACCUUUUCCCUUGAUGUUCUGCUUCUCGUACAACCUGCCUUUCUUUAUGAUAUUGUAGAGGAAGUACAAUGGAGCAAACUUCGGAGAAUCCAGUUCCAAUACGUUCUUCAAAUAUCAAAUUAGUGAAAAACCUAAAGAAGGCCGAUGAUGCUUGGGAAAUUCAUUCCAACGUGCUUUAUGGAUCAAGUGAUGCUAGCCUCUUUUCUAGCUCAUUGCCGGGUCUUCGACAUGAUAAAUUGAACUUUGCAAAUGCAUUGGGUGGUGUUCAAUCCACAGUUGAUGCAUCUUUUAAAUCGAAGAAGCCAAGCAAAGAUGUCGAAGGUAAGGUCUCUGUGGAUGAUCUCAACCUUCAAGGAACUGGGCUUUUGUUACCUGAUGAUGAAGAAGCACUUUUGUCUGGCAUAAUGAAUGAUUUUGACCUCAGUGGAUUGCCUAGUCAAGUUGAUGAGUUGGAAGAGUAUGACCUUUUUGGCAGUUUAGGGGGUAUGGAAUUGGAUUCUGAUUCUACGGAGAGCAUCACAGUUGGUAUAGCAAAGGCAAGCAUCUCUGAUGGUUUUUUAGGCAACGGGACUAAUCAGCACAGUCUUCACAAUGGUGUUGGGCCUAUUUCAGGAGAGCACCCAUAUGGAGAGCAUCCUUCAAGAACUUUGUUUGUGCGGAAUAUCAACAGCAAUGUUGAAGAUUCUGAACUGCUGUCACUCUUUGAGCAAUAUGGGGCCAUCCGAAGUCUUUAUACUGCAUGCAAACACAGGGGAUUUGUGAUGAUAUCUUACUAUGAUAUUCGAUCUGCACGAACUGCCAUGCGUGCUUUGCAGAACAAGCCCUUGAGACGUAGAAAGCUUGACAUCCAUUUUUCUAUUCCAAAGGAUAACCCAACGGAAAAAGAUAUGAACCAAGGAACUCUUGUGAUAUUUAAUUUGGAUUCUUCAGUUUCUAAUGAUGAUCUCAGGCAAAUUUUUGGGGCAUAUGGGGAAGUUAAAGAGAUAAGGGAAACUCCUCACAAGCGGCACCACAAAUUUAUUGAGUUCUAUGAUGUCAGAGCAGCAGAAGCUGCCCUUCGGUCAUUGAACAUGAGUGACAUUGCUGGCAAACGAAUAAAGCUAGAACCUAGCCGCCCUGGGGGAGCUCGUAGGAACUUAAUGCAACAACUGACUCAUGAAUUAGAACAAGAUGAAAGUGGAGCUUAUUGGCAUCAUGGGGGUUCACCUGUUACCAAUUCACCUCCAGGUCCAUGGGCACACUAUAGUGCAAAUGAUAACAGUCCACUACAAGUUCUCAGUAAGUCCCCCAGUGGGUUAGCAAGUAGCCCUAUUGGGAGUAAUCAUUUGACUACAUCGGGUUCUGUACUUCCUUCGCUGAUAUCAUCUGCCAAGAUUGCACCUAUUGGCAAGGACCAAAAUAGGGUCAAUCAUGCUGACCAUGUAAUCUCUAGUAGCAGUCUAUUACAUGGUGGGUAUCAGCAUUCCCAUUCCUUCCCAGAUCAUAGUUGUGGAAUGAUGACCACAGCUCCUGGAAAUUUAACUUCUUUUGGUCCUACUACUACAAAGUCUUCUGGUGUUGGGACUCUGACUGGCCCACAAUUUCUCUGGGGUAAUUCAACUUCGUACAUGGAAAAACCAGAGUCAUUCACCAGGCAGUCAGGAGCUACAGGAAUAUCAUUCAUGUCAAAUGGACAAGGGCAAGGGAAAGGCUUUCUCUAUUCAAGUUACCAUGGCUCAUUCAUGGGAUCAUCUCACAAUCAGCAUCCCCAUCAUGUUGGGUCAGCUCCAUCUGUUGUUCCUUUUGAGAGUCAGUAUGAGUAUUUUCCUGAGUCACCAGAGAUUUCCCUCAUGAAUAAGUUUGCAUUUGGAAAUAUUCGAUCUAAUGGAAAUGAUGGGACUUCAGUUAUGAAUAUGACUCCUCUGUUCACAGUGAAUCACGGCAUCUUAUCAGGAAGCAUGCCAGCUAAUAAUGCAACCAAUAUGAGGAUGAUGCCUGCUCCAAGAUUUGGGCCUACGCUCUUUGGCAAUGCUCCAUAUCCUGGACUAAGUUCCGUAGGCAUUGAUAGUCUAGUUGAUCAGUACCACAGUCGGCAAGUUGAAAACCACUGGAAUCUAACAUAUAACAAACAGCAAUAUCAGCUUGAUCUGGACAAAAUUAUUAAGGGGGAAGACACUCGGACGACGAUAAUGAUAAAAAACAUUCCAAAUAAGUACACCUCAAAGAUGCUUUUAGCUGCAAUAGAUGAAUCUCACAAAGGCACUUAUGACUUUCUGUACUUGCCAAUUGAUUUUAAGAAUAAAUGCAAUGUGGGUUAUGCAUUUAUAAACAUGGUGUCUCCGUCACACAUAAUCUCCUUUUACAAGGCUUUCAAUGGAAAGAAGUGGGAGAAGUUUAACAGUGAGAAGGUUGCUUCUCUGGCAUAUGCACGAAUCCAGGGUAGAUCAGCACUAGUUACCCACUUCCAGAACUCAAGUUUGAUGAAUGAGGAUAAGAGAUGCCGACCUAUUCUUUUUUAUUUUGAGGGAGCAGAGGCUGGUGAUCAGGAACAUGUUCCAUCGAGCAGCAUGCACGGACAAGAAGUUUUGGUGGUGAACUCACCUGAAAGUCUACAAGGAAGCAGUCCAAAUUUUGAGCCAGAGAAAAGCACCUUACCUGGAACAAGCUUGGAGGCGUAGUGUUCUUCACAGCUACCACCACGUUUCUGUGAAUACUUAUAUUCUUAGGUACCAAGUGUAAGAUAUGGUGAGGGGGAAAACUUCAGGGGCAGUUGUAUCAAAGGGGUGUCUCCACUUUUGAAGCCAUGGAUGCACCAAAGCACCAUCUUGCCGGCCCUUGGUGGAAACGGAGACUGAUAAGAUCCUGCUUCUUGUACAGAAUUAGAGUCAGAAAAUGAUGUAAAGGAAUAAUGCCCAAGUGUAUAGGUAAGAUCAAAGGUCAAUCCGCUGCUAAGCACAUUGCUAGCCAAGUGGUGCAUGGUUUUUGGCCAUCCUUGGCUCUCUUCCUCCGGGACCAAGUUAUUGUUGUUCCAAGGUGCUAAGGUCCGGAGUUGGAAGCAUCGUCUUCAACUGUAAAUAAGGGCACAAAAAAUUCUUUACCCAUUUAGCUUGUCAAAUGUGGUAUGAUUUUUUUAAAAGCUAUUUUUAUUAAUGGCAUUAUGUCUAAAAAGC